AUGGCGAUAGUAAGAAGGUCCACACAUGACGCAUCCCUUACGCUGAACCAGCUCGCUGAGUUAAAGAGAGGCCCUAAGAUCAACAUUGUCGUUGGCCCGGAUGGCAACCGAUAUAUUGGUCUGGAGAGCGCUUCGGUAAGGCUGCUGGCUCAUUUCUCUCCGACUGCACAAAGAAAGCUCAUCGAUGGGCAAGACGAGGUCUUGACGAUUCCCAACGGCUCUAAGAGAGCCAUUCUUUGGAUCUACAAGUACAUGCAAGCUGGCGAGCGUGAUAUUGUAGGACUAGACGCCUUCGAGAUGCUCAGCUCCAGUAUCUUGACUGUCAUUUACCAGCACUGUGACUUUCUCGAGUACGAGUCACUCAAGAGGCGCGUCUAUAGUCGGCUCAAGGGAAAGUUUUACAACGUUCUCCCUACUGUUCAAGAGAUCGAGUUUUACCAAACUUCGAUCCCAGAGCUUUACGAGCAUCUGCUACACUGUCUCUUCGAGGAGAUGGUGAACCCAUGGACCCGCAACUACGAGCCGUACUCACGACUUGCUGAGACGAACGCUGCCUUUGGUAAGGCUCUCGGCGAUGCCAUGGACAAGUUCUUCAUCUCUCGUGUUCAGACUAGUGAAGCGUACUACCAGAAUACUACCAACCAGUAUACCAUCUGGGCUAUCAAAUAUAUCGAAGCCGUUAUUGCUGGAACAGUCCGCCCAAAGAGGCCUGUCCCAAAGCUCGUGCACAAAGCUAGGCAGACGGGCAGCGUAGUCCGGGGUCUUUUCAGCAAAAAUAGACCUGACGCGAGUCCCAUGGCUGAUGUCAUCCUGUCUCGUAAGGACAUCUCGGCUACUUCAGUACGGCAGGUUCCUCAGCGAAAUCUCAAGUCGAUAACGCCAUUCAAGUGCUACAGUUGCGGCAACAAGGGCCAUAUCUCGCGCAAUUGCAAUGCCAAGUUGCAAGGCUCCUUUGUCCCAAACACUGUCUCUAAACUGGAAAAGCCUGUCCAGGUUCGAAAGGCUCGUAAGGCGUUCGCUUGCUACAGAUGUGGAAGUGAGGGUCAUAUAGCUCGGAACUGUACGGUCUCAGUCAAAGAUGCCAACGAGCGUCGGCCCCCAAUCUGUUUUAGCUGCAAUGAGACAGGUCAUAUUGCCCGCAAUUGCAUGCAAGAGAAGCCAGUCACUAGAGACAGCAACAACUACUCGACAUCAGCUCAUCCACGUCGUAAGCCGAAGUCCAAAGAGCCAUGUAUCUGCUUCAACUGUGGUGGGGAAGGACACAUGGCGCGUCAGUGUACUGACGAAAAGUCUAACACAGGCGUAGAGUUCGUUGGCGCUACUCGUUCGGUCCACACCACGGCUGCUCGUCAUAGGGGUUUCUGUAAUACUCAGCGCAACCACAAAAUCGAAGUCGUCAAGAACGGUGAGGGCCUUGCUACCUGCGAUCGCGAGGUGCGCAAGGGCGAUAUGACGCGCACCGGCCUCAUCGUCUAG